CAUCUAUUGGCGAGUCUUAGAAACUCUAACGUGAGAUGUGAACGAGAACAUGUCAUUAAUUUUGAUAGAUACUGUUGACGUAAUUCCACAGAUUUUGUCAUGGGAGGUAGUCCCUGUUCUUUUGAGAAGGAUGCAGUAUAGAUGAUUUGCCAAAAAGAUAUUCCUGCUUUGGAAGGGAAGAGUUCAGUCUCACACAAGCAGAAUGACAGAUAACACAGUCAUUAAAGAAGAAGAUCCCUUACAAUGUAAUGAAAAAAGUGGCCUACACAUAGAACAGGAAUAUGCAUGGUUUAUUAAAGAGGAGUGUGAUUUACCAGAAGAAGGAAACAAAGACAAAACACAUAGCUUUUGUAUAUCUGACAUAAAUGGAGAUUCAUUAAACAAGUGUAAAAGGUAUCCAUUUGUGAAGUAUGUUAAGCCACCUGUAAUUGAUGAACCCUAUGUGUGCAAAAUAUGUGGUAUGAGAUUUUCCAAAAACGGCAAUUUAGAAAGACACAUGCAGAUGCAUUAUGGAGUCAGGUCUUAUGGUUGCAAAAUUUGCAAUAAGAAAUUUACUCAGAAGUGGAAUAUGAUAAGACACAUGAAACUGCAUACAGGGGAAAAACCUUUUUGCUGUGAGGUAUGUCAUGAAAAAUUUUCUCAGAAGCAGAAUUUAAUUACUCAUAUUAGAGUUCAUACCGGUGAAAAACCAUUUACCUGCAAGAUUUGUGCCAAGAAAUUCUCACACAAAAGUGAUCUCGUGAUGCACCAUAGAACACACACAGGCGGAACCUUAUAACUGCAAGAAGUGUG